GGGAAAACCAAAGAGAGUGCCAUCGAGAUGAGGAAGGAAAACAAUCCCGCUCAGCCUCUCUAGGCAAUGCAGAGAGAGAACUCAGUGACCCUCAAAGGCGCGUGGGGACAGGAAAAACCUCUUUGAGUCCGGAGCAAGCGGGACGGUGGUUGUCAUGUAGGCUGGACUGGCUCUUCGCUCAGAAGAAGCGCCCCAGAUGAUGCUUCACAGGAAUGACAUGAAAGCAAUCAGUUAAUAUUCUGAGGGAUACCAGCCUGGAAAGUUUUAUAAAUAAAGCAGUGUGCUGAUGAUGGCAACCAGCAACAGUAAUGGCAAAAAAGUGACGCCUGCACUUCGAAUAAGUCAGCUUGAUGCCCUUGAAUUAAACAAAGCCUUGGAGCAGCUGGUUUGGUCCCAGUUUACUCGAUGUUUUCAUGGAUUUAAACCUGGACUCUUGGCUCGCUUUGAACCAGAAGUUAAGGCGUUUCUUUGGCUUUUUUUGUGGAGAUUCACCAUCUAUUCCAAGAACGCAACAGUGGGACAGGCUAUUCUGAACAUUCAGUACAAGAAUGACUUAUCCCAGAAGCAAAACUACCAGACACUAAGCAAGCAGCAGAAACUGUGGUAUCUUAUUUGUACCGUUGGUGGUCGAUGGCUGGAAGAAAGGUGUUAUGAUUUGUUUAGCAACCGUCCAUUGGAGUCUUUCCAGAAGACCAAGUAUUUCAUUAAUUUAACAGUUGGACUCCUCAAACUUUGUGAAUUACUGAACUUUCUGAUUUUUCUUCGGAAAGGAAAGUUUGCUAACCUCACUGAGCGUAUUUUAGGAAUCCGGUCUGUGUUCUGUCAGCUCCAGAGUGUUCGUCAAAUUGGGUUUGAAUACAUGAACAGGGAACUGUUGUGGCAUGGGUUUGCAGAAUUUCUAAUUUUCCUUUUGCCCCUUAUUAACAUCCACAAACUCAAACUCAAACUUUCCUCUUGGUCUUUAGCUGUUGCAGGAUGUUCCAGUAAGGAAAGUUCUUUGGCAGCAGAUAGUAAGGAAUGCUGUUUCUGUGGAGAAUGGCCAACUCUGCCUCACACCGUUGGCUGUUCCCAUGUUUUUUGUUACUACUGUCUUAAAAGUAACUACUUAUUUGAUAUGUAUUUUACAUGUCCUAAAUGUGGUGUAGAGGUGCAUGAGCUACAGCCGUUGAAAUACAAGACAGAAAUGAAAGAGGUAUAUACACAGUAGCCAUUUUGAAGGUUCCCCCAAAUCCAUAAGCACACUUUGUGAAAUCUACUGAACAAUUGUACAGUGAUCUUUAAACACAGCAUUGCCUGUUAAUUUCACUGAACAAUUGUACAGUGAUCUUUACAUACAGCAUUGCCUGUUAAUUUCUUAGUUAAAUAUGAAAUAUUUUAGCACUGUGUGUAAAUAAUGAGUAAUUUUGUAAAGAAAUGGUUAUUAAUUUUGUCCCAUUUUGCUUAUACUCCCAGAACUGAAGGUGUGUAAGCAUAAUCCCUUUGAGGCAGCUGAUGCUAGAUUUGCAUAUGUUACUACCUGUGUGGAUAAGCCUGGUGUAGUGCAGCCACAUGAACACAAAACAGAUGGAUUUUUUUUUAGUGACGUUCAUUUUUUCACAAACUGGGGAGCUGCUUCACAAUAUUUGUUUCCCCCAUUUAGUACUGCGGUUGCGUGGUAGCAUUACAAGCAACAUUAUUAUUAAUUACAUGUCUAUACCAUCCCUCCCCUUCUAGGCUCAGGACAGUUCACAACCAUCCAUCAACAAAAUAAAAUACAAUGUCCAUAAAUAUAUAAAACAUUUGAAAUGUAUGCAUUCUAACCAGUUCAGAUGGCAAAAUUAUCUUAUUGACAAUGAGCUCGAAAAGAUGUACAAAAGGAAGAGGACAGAAGCAAUUUCCACCUAAUUGAGAGAGUAGCAGGAGAGAUGGUGGACAGUGAGUGGUGGAGGUCAGAGAUAGGAUUUCUGCAGUAGCACACAGGUGCUUUUGUGCUAGUCUUCAUGGUUUUUCCCUAUUUACAGGCUACACUUCAGACUGUGGACUUCUUUAGUAUGAGGUGAAGUUGUCUUAAGUGUUUUGCAGUUCAGUUUGAUUUAAUUCGGAUCUUAAUUGCUGUUGUUUACUAUAUUCUAGCAGUUGACAGUGUAACUUCACAGGGAUUUAUAGACUUGAUGAGCUAAACAAAAGGUGAUCAAAUAAAAACUUCUUUUCACAUGAAA